CAUCCUCCUCACACAGAUGGCCAAGCCGAACUCCAUCAUCAGCAGCAGCCCCGGCAAUCGACUCCCUCACAAGGCAAAGAAGCUGUCCAUCUCCAUUCUGGUCAUCUCCCUCCCUCUCCUCUACGUCUCCCUCCUCCACAUCCCACCCUCCACCCUCUUCAAGGACACCACCUUCUGGUUCCUCAUGUCCAACUCCAUCAUCAUCAUCGUCGCAGCUGAUUCCGGCGUCUUCUCCUCCUCCACCCACGACGCGGGCGACCUCUACGACGAGUACGUCGAGCACCGCAGAGCGAGGAGUGCCUUCCCCGCCGCCAAGAAGUCGUCCCCUGAUGUCACCCACAAAGAGAACCAGAAAGAGCACGACGAUGCUCCGAGCCAGUCGGAGCUCGUCCUCCUGCAUGAGAACGCCGCCGAGCAUCGCAGGUCGAGGAGUGCUUCCCUCGCGGCGAAGAAGCAGCAGUCGUCGUCGCCGCCGCCGCCUGAUAUCACCGAUAAAGAGAACCACAAAGACCGAGAUGAUGAUCACGGCCAGUCGGAGGUAGUCGUCGACAAGAGCAUAAUUCUGCAUGAGAAAUCGGCAAACCGGGAGUCGAGGGAGUGUCCCAUGUCGCGAUCGGAUAUAGGCGACGAGAAGGGUAUGGUUUUGCAUCAGAAUUCACUUCCGCCAUUAGAAGAGGUCGAUGAAAAAAAAAGGGAAUACAGAGUGGAGGAGAGUGAGUAUUCGAGCAUGUCGAAUGAGGAACUCAACAAGAGAGUGGAAGAGUUCAUUAGGAGAUUUAACAGAGAGAUGAGGCUUCAGCCAAGAAAUUGAUAGAGAUCUGAUGUCACGGGAUCUGUGUUCCGGCGAUGAUCUAUUGUGUGUAGUUUGUGCGUUUAUCACAGCAGAAUUAAAAUCU